AUGCAGGAACCGACCUCCUCGAAGAAGUCAUCCGUCUCUAUCGCCGGGACCACUGGAGUCCUUGCAGCUGCUGAUAAAGACUCGGCGCAAAACCAGGCAGCGGGCCCGUUGAGGUGGCCCUGCGGUGACCCUUUCGAGGGGUUCAUCCCCGUGGGCGAAGGUCGCGUCCAGUUUCUGCUGCUCGCAAGCGCCGUCAUCUCGGCGUCCGCCUUCUUGUGUCAGGUGCUGAGCUACCGGCUCACCGCGCGCGUCAUGGACCACUGGUGCCAGCAGCCGGAGCGUUUCGCCAACUUGAGCGUCGCCGAGUGGAAGGAGCUGGCAAUUCCCCGCGAGGAAGACGGCUCCUUCAGCCGCUGCACCAUGCGCGACCCACCGGAAGCCGGUUCUUUGGCGAUGAUCGUGCGCUGCUCUGCCUGGGACUUCGACCUGGGCGCUUAUGGCAACACCAUCGUGAGUGAUUUCUCGCUCGUGUGCGACCGCCACUGGCUCAUUGAGGCGACGCUCUUGGCGUACUCGGUCGCCUCGAUGAUUUGGCUGCCGCUGAUGGGCGCCGCGGCCGACCGCGUGGGCCGAAAAACGGUCGCGCACACGUCGCUCAUGGCGCUCCUGCUGGCCGGGAUUACGAACAGCGUCAGCGACUCCUUCCAGUUCUACGUCGUCAUGCGCACCAUCGUCUCAGCCACCACGAGCAGCAUCAUGGUCGUACUGUUCGUGCUGCUGUACGAGGUGUCGACGCGCAACCGCUGCUACCUGUACUGGACGCUUUACGUGGCAUUGCCCGCUACCGUCGUGCCGGCGCUGUUCUUCGCCUCAGACAAACUGCGUCUGAGCUGGAAGGGAGUCCAGCUGCUACUCAUGAUGCCAACAGCGCUAAUGUUGCCGACUUUCUGCACACUUGAUGAGUCGCACAACUGGCUCCUGGCCACGUGGAAGACGCGCGAGGCGCAGAGCGUCGCCAUGCGAGUGGCAGCAGCGAAUGGCAUGCCUCAGCCCGAGUUUCUGGAAGCAUUCAAUCGCGUCGUCGUCGAAAUGGCGCAGCAGCGCGCCGCCUUGGCCGACCAACCGCAUGCUAUCCUGUCUCCCCAGCGGCGCGCCACCACGAUGGUUUUGGCUUUCAUUUGGACAGCCGAGAUCUUCUCGUACAACCUGAUCAACCUCAACAACAUCUUGACUGCACACGGAUGGUCGACCGUGCUGAGCGCCGCAGCAGCGGGGCCGGCGUUCGUGCUCGUCUACCGCUGCAUGCAGCGUCUGGGCGCCCGCUGGAUAGCGGUGCUGUCGUGCAUGCUCCUCAGCGUCGCGACCGCACUGCUCUCAGCCCUGUACAAGGACGACCAGCGCUUCAACGUGACCGUGAGCCUGCUGCUGGCCACGGCGCGCCUCGCCGGCAAUGCCGUCCUACUGGCCAGCUUCGCCGUCACCGCGGCGCUGUACCCGACCGCGUGCCGCUGCUUCGGCUUCUCGGUGGCCUUCGCCUGGGGCCGUCUAGGCGCCCUUUUGGGGCAGCUGUGCGCCCCGUACAUUCCGGGCCGCGGCAAGAGCCUGGUGCUAGCACUCAUCGCCUCGCUCAUGGCGCUCACGUGCGCUGCUUUCGAACGACUUCCUGAUAUCGAAGACUGCUCCACGUCUCUGCAAUCACGCUCGGGAUCAUCCAUCACGGUCGUGCAGGAAGAGGAGCCGCUCCAAUACAUGCGGGAGUCGCUAGUGCCUCUGCCUCGCAAGCCGAAGAGAAACCGCCGCAAGAAGCGGCGCGCGGCCAGCAAGGCGUCCGUCGAGUCCGACCAGUUGCGGAUGACGACUUUCUCCAGAAAUCUGGCCGUCGAGACAGGCGGAUGGGGGCACUGA